GAGAAGGGAAAUAACUUGCUGACUUACAUUAGGAUUUAAACUCAGGUCUUUCUAACUCCAAAGCUCGUUUUCUUUUCUUCACACCAUUCUGCCUUCCACUGUAUCCCGAAGGCCGCUCCGUCUUUGGUCCUUGUAAGUAAGUAUAAGGGAGACAUGAUGAAGCUUGAGCAGGAAAUUAUUACUAGCAAUCACAGGCUAUUGUAGAUCCUCAGAUCCUUCUUUUACAGUAGUUGAAGGCUAUUAACACAGUAUUCAAUGCUCUUAUACUUGACUUAGCCAUUUUUUAGACAUAGGCUUGUAGAAUGCUAGAGCUAGAGGGGAAAUAUCUAAUGGUCUUAUUUCCUUGGUUUAUAGAUGAAGAAACUGAGAUCCCGAGGAGUAAUAAUUCUCCCUAGCUAGUCAUGGGCAUGGCUGAACCUAAGAGUGAAAUCUGAUUCCCUCUCCAGUGUUCUUUCCCUUUACAUGAUGUUGUCUCUCAUUUCUGCGUCAUUCCUGUACGGUGCUGCCUGAGAGAAAGACGAGCAGUGAUUCCUCACUGUGCUUUUUUUCAUAAUCUGAGACCUGGAUGAGCUGUUAGAUCACUUUCGUCUUUGAUAUCCGGGAUAACAAAAGUACUAGUUACAUUUACUUAAAUGAAACAUAAUGCUAGCUGUGCUGUUUUAGACGCUUAUCUGGUUUUUUCCAGUACUAAUCUUACUGGCAAGAGCAUUUUAGUUCUUACGUGGUUGAGAUUAAAGUACUGUAAUUACAGUCAUGUGUUGACCUUGUAUUGAGAGGUCUUGGAUUGAAGUCUCAGCUUCACCUUUAACACUGGGAAGUCACUUUUACCUCUCUGAGUAGGUUUCUUCAGCUUGUAGAAUGGGAGUGGUGUUCUCUUGCCAUAGCUGUGAGAAUUAAGUGAAAUCAAAUAUGUGAGUGUGCCUGGUACACUGUCACUCCCCAGAUCCCAAAGAUCUCGGGUUAGUGAAAGACAAGCAAGGGGUUCUGUUGUAACUUGAGAUGCAUUUAAGUUUUUUAAAUAACUUUUAUGGGAUUAUAAAGUAGUAUUCAAUGUAGAAAAUACAUAAAAAUACAAGAAAAUAGAAAUCUCUAAUAACUGUCCUCAGAUAAUUGUUAGUUUCCCUCCUCCCUACACCAACAUCUUGGUUAUUCUUAGUAGUUGGUUAUAAAUCUAUUCAGAUUAUUAGCUUUAACCCAUAAGAGUUUAUUCAUUCCCUCACUUGAAAGAAGUUUGGAGAUAUGCAGUGCAAGGCUGUUGUGACAGAUCCAUGAUGUCAUACGGGAUCCAGGCAUUUUCCUUCCUCAAGGUCCCCUCAUGUUCCAUGACGAUUGUUUGAACUCCAGCCAUGGCAUCUUCAUUCCAGCAGCCAGACCCUCCUGGAAGUCCUACCCAGCACUUCAGCUUUCUAAUUACUGGCCAGGAUUUAUUCACAUGGUCACAUCUUGCUUUAAGAAUGGCUAGAAAAUAGAGUGUUUUAAGUGAGCACGUUGCCCAAGGUUUGUUAAGAAGAAGAAGAGCAUCUUGGGAGGUAGGUGGUAGUUUCUGUCACAAACAAGAACAUAACAAUCACUAGCUUCUAAACUGUAUCAUUAUUCUGAUGAAGCUUAUACUUUAAUUUGAAAGCAACCAGAACUCUAUUCUUAAACUCUUCGUUCAGACCAAAUAUGUUAAAACUCAGGAGUGCCGCCUUCAAAUGCAGGGGUGUAAAUUUCAGGUCACUUUUGUUCUUGAAUAAAGAAAAUAUUAUUAUUUAUUUUUCCAAGGUAAAAAUGUGCUCAAAAAUUAGGCUUUAUUUUCAAACGUAGGGAAAACAAGAUGGUAAGAAAAUAAAAAUGGAUUUUGUAAAUUUUCGGAUGAUUGCUCUAUGUUGCUGUUGUAAUUCUAAAAUUGAGUUACUUAAUCUCUGUAACAAAACUGUGCUUUAUUUCAGGAGAAUGGGAAUGGAGUAUUAGACAAAAAUGAUUUUAUAAUCUUUGUAUCAUGAUUUUUAGCUCCCCAGUUAUUGCACAGUCUCGCUGUGUGGGAAGUUCAGCUGAAAAACCGAAGCAGUUAAUGAGCAAAUAUGAUCACAUUUCUCCACCAAGGUCUCAGCCUGAUAAGGAGAAUCCCUUGUUGUCAACCUAAUGAAGCAUUCAAAGAAGACGUACAAUUCUUUCCAAGAUGAACUUGAAGAUUAUAUCAAAGUUCAGAAAGCCAGAGGCUUAGAGCCAAAGACUUGUUUCAGAACUAUGAGAGAGGACUAUUUGGAAACCUUUGGGUAUAAAGAAGAGGUUGAUUCCAGACCCAAAUAUAGAAUGUCUGAUCAAAGACUCCCAUCUGAGACUGUCCAGACUUACCCAGGGUCAUACAAUAUUCCACAAACAUUGGAAAACCAGUUACCUCAGCGGCUACCAGCUCAUGACAGCAGACUGAGACUAGGCUCUCCAAGCUAUUGUCAGUUCACCACAGACUAUUCAUCAGAAAAACCAGUACCCCUGAACCUUAGUCAGCAAGAGUAUAAUUGUGGCUCAUACAGUGGAGAAUCUGCAGUUUACAAGCACCUCUCCUCAGAAAACAGUACCAGUGCCCAUCAAGCCAGUCAUAAACAGCUACAUCAGAAGAGAAAAAGGCACCCUGAGGAAGGCAGAGAAAAACCAGAGGAGGAGCGGCCCAAGCAUAAGAAGAAAAAAAGUUGUGAGGAAAUGGAUUUAGACAAACACCAGAGCAUCCAAAGAAAGAAAGCAGAGGUGGAAGCAGUCAGUGUCAGUACAGAAAAGCUUAAGAAUCGAAAGGAGAAAAAAAGCCGAGAAGUGUCUUCUAAGAAAGAGGAACGUAAGCGUAGAAAAGAGAAAAAGGAUCAAGGCCAAGAGAGGACAGAGGAGGAAAUGCUGUGGGACCAGUCUAUCCUUGGAUUUUGAGGCUGUCUAGUUGGUUCUCCAGAGGUUGAAUUGAAAAAAAUAGUUGAGUAGUUUGGUUUCAUGAGAUUCAUGUUUAUAUCACUUUUCUUAUAUGAACAGGUACUUUAACCUCUUAACAAAGGCCACCUGAAUGGAAAGUAUUUAGUAUGCUUAUUCUCCAACACAGAAGUUACUUUUCCUUACUUUGUAAAAGCAGCAUUACAUUUUCUUACAUAUAAUGUAACCUCCCUUAGUGAGAAUGGCUCUGCUUUUUAUUCAUCAAAUUGCUGUUGAUAGUGGAGUUAUUUUCCCUUGGGAGAUCACUUGUUUUAAACUGGAGGAUUAAUAGGCUUUGCAGAAUCUGUUUCUUGGUUGGGUUUGCUUUGCUCUUAGUGGGAUGCUUUUAAGUUUGUUGGUUUUCUUUAUGAAGCAAUUUAGAAGAUUAUUUUCUUUGUUAGCUCAAACUUGCUGUGUAUUUCCUCGGUUGGAAAUUGGAAAAUGAAAUGCAUUAUAAUAAUAAGCUUGGGUUAAAUAUGGUUUUAAAAGUUUUCAAAGAGUCCUGAUGCAAAAUCAGCUUAUAUUCUGGAAAUGUUUAUAAUAAAGUGUUCUAAUUUC